AUGGUCCGGGUUUCCUUGCUCGACAGAUCGAAGAGCUGGAUUCGAAAGACCUCAGAUGAUGACGUACCUCUGAGACCAUUUGCAGAAUUCACCGGCUUGACUGUCCGCCAAGUCCUGGACGACGGCGACGAGUACAAUGAGAUCUCAAUCAAGCUUGAUUUCUUCACUGGACGCCGACGCCAGUGGAUGGAUAUGGAAUCUGCUUGCCCCGAGCCUAUCGUGCGAAUGGAUCAGCAGGACGUCAUGGCUGAGGGUUUGCUGCAUGUGAUUAUGCAGCUCCGCGAACCGUCGGAGGAGAUACAUAUCGACGUGGUGGACGACGUGAUCACUGCGAUGUACAACAAGAAGAUUUCGAAAUCGUUGAAGCUGCAGUUGGCGAGCGUUUCACGUACCUCCACGAUCAAUUCCAAGCUCCGAAACUUCGGUCAGACAGAUCUUGCAAUCUGA